UGUCGCUUUAAGGCGAUAAAUAUUUUUCGGCGGAAGGGUUUAAGCGAGUUCUUUCGGCUUAUGCUCUGAUAACCAUUGUUUCAAAAUUAUCUAAACAGAAAACUCCAUUUGGAACAAAAUUCGUUUGACAGAGUAAAUCCCACUGAGCUGCAGACGACUGCAUGAAAGGAGGAAUCUAUAACAUUUACCAACUGGGGCAGGUUUUCAACAAAAUAUAAUCCGAAGUUUCAGUUGUAAAGCAGAUCCCCUUACAUACUGGAUUUGGUGAAAGCAGUAAAGAUACACUUCUAUUUUGAUGUACUAGGUCCUAUGCUGUAAGUGCUACUUUCUAUUUGCCUCUAGUUAUGGUUGUGAUAAUGGCAUCUGUUGCCCUACAUCAAAAUAUGGUGCCUUUAUACUGCAAGAAUUUGCACUCUUUGUUUGGGGGAUCUCUGUGUACAAGCAGAAAAUCUGGAAGAUUCUUCCUUGAUGUUACUAAAUUUCAUGCAACAUCUUUUGUUGGCCAUCUUGACAAAGGUCCCCUGACCCUCAAAAGUUUGGGAUUUGAAAGUGACUCCAAUCAGAUAAAGGUUAAAAGUAAAAGGGACAAAGUGACAGAGGUUAUUCAAAUUGAUGAUAAAUAUCCCCCAUUGAGUGGAAAAUUUCCUGUAGCAUAUAAAGCAAAGACAUAUAAGAACAAAACCAAUGAUGAUCGAAAACAAAAUAUUAUCAAUACUGAGGCUUUUCCAUUUGCUGCGAAGAGUUUUUCUGCAUUGAAUUUAUCUGAUGCACUCAUUGAAAGGUUGAAAGUUGAAGGCCUGGAAGUUCCAACUGAUGUGCAGGUGACAGCGAUCCCUAUGAUUUUGAAGGGACAAGAUGUUGCUAUCCAGUCUUACACUGGUUCGGGGAAAACUCUUGCUUAUCUCCUUCCAAUACUGUCAAAAGUUGGCCCAUUAAAGGAAACUCAGGCUGGAAACAUUAGAGGCAACAGCAGAUUUGGGAUAGAGGCUGUUAUUGUUGCUCCUUCGAGAGAGCUUGCAAUGCAGAUUGUGAGAGAGGCGGAAAAGAUUUUAGGACCAGAUCAUAAGAGAACAGUACAGCAGCUUGUUGGAGGUGCAAACAGGUCAAGACAGGAGGAAGCAUUAAAGAAGAACAGGCCAUUAAUUGUAGUGGGAACUCCAGGAAGAAUUUCAGAAAUAAGUCUGGCUGGAAAGUUACAAACUCAUGGAUGCCGUUUUCUUGUUCUUGAUGAGGUUGAUGAGCUUUUGUCAUUCAACUUUAGAGAGAACAUGCACAGGAUUCUGGAACAUGUUGGGAGGCGGAGACAUGCAGAGGAGCAGGAAAUUAAAGAUAAGAACUCUACGGCCUCUGAUCUAGUAGCAAGUCAUAAAGAUUUAACUGUAGAAGAAUUGUCAAACUCAUCCUCUAUGAAAAAAGAUGAAAGAAUUCAGAGGCAGACCAUUUUGGUGUCUGCCACCAUGCCUCCAUCAGUGUUACGGGCAGCAAGCACCUGGGGUCACAAGCCAUUACUUGUCAGGGCCAACAGUGUCAUUGAUGUCGAGUCAGCAGCAAGGUCAGGUAGUAGUGGUUCAACCAUUCAGGGUGCUAUUGAGAGCUUGCCCCCUUCACUGGAUCAUUUCUUUACCAUUUGUAAACUACAGCACAAGGUAGAUACUCUGAGAAAAUGUGUUCAUGCUUUAGGUGCGAAAUCUGUAAUAGCCUUUAUGAAUCAUAACACACAGUUACAGGACACUGUAUUCAAGCUAGAGGCCAAAGGACUGAGUGCUUGUGCUUUACAUGGGGACCUUAACAAGUUAGAAAGAACCAACAGACUUGUGAGGUUUAGGAAAGGGGAGCUUACGAUUUUAGUUACAAAUGAGUUGGCUGCAAGGGGUUUGGAUGUGAUUACAUGCGAUCUUGUUGUGAAUCUUGACUUGCCAACAGAUACAAUCCACUAUGCUCAUAGGGCUGGGCGGACAGGUCGCCUUGGGAAUAAAGGUACAGUUCUUUCCAUUUGUGAACAAAGAGAGGAGUUUGUUGUAAAAAAAUUUGAGCGACAACUUGGCAUUUCCAUUAGGUGUUGUGAUUUUGUUGGGGGGACUCUUAACAUCUGGAAGGGAGCUGAAGAGCAUAUCAAAGCCUAAUUAUCAUUGCAUCUGUGGACUAGUAAGCAGUUGAAACUUCAAGGAUUUACAUAUGACAUUCAAGCUCAAACUCAGCAUUUUCCAUGGUAGAAUGUGUUCGUUGGUUGGCAAAAUUUGAACCUAUAUUUGCCUUUUUAGCCUCGAUUUUUCAAACACUUCUAAAUAAACUAGAGGGUUUGUGAUGAAGUCCAUGUGGAUUGUACUGCAACGAAUGGAAAAUGUUGUAACAGUCAAAUGUGUAUAUGGGGCCCGUUAUAUUAUAUAUCUUGAGGAAACAUUUGGUUAUUUUCUUCCUUACAGAAAUCAA